AUGCUAUCCAGCUAGCGAAAAGUAGAGAAUGGUGCGUGUGGUGCCAUGGUCAUCCUGUGUAAGUAGCCGUUUGUGUGUGUGUGCGUGUGUGCGUGUGUGUAGCAAACAAAGAAAGUGGUCAAUGGCACCAGGGGUAUUUUCGGAAGGAAAGCUACACACAUUCAUGUGCCCCCUCCCCCCCUUUCCGCGGGUCCGAUGAUCCUGAACGGUGGGUCGUGGUGAUUGUGGGGUCUUGUCUAUAUUUCAUAUAUAUCCCUCUCUUCUUCGUCACUAUGCACGACCUUCUAAUAUACGGUGGCUGCCGUUGCCUUUACAAAUAUACGUGUAGCAUCUCCCACUUGCAACGAAGUGUGCUACUGUGCUUUCGCAGAGGAACCCUGUUUCUAUCGAUCAUCAGCUUUGUUU